AUGUUCAGGCCAUCAUUUCUACCCAAGACUGGAGGGAAGGGCAAGCUGAGGGCGACGGCUUACCUGGAUGGAAUCAGAGGUUUCGCAGCGCUCAUGGUGUUUUGCCUGCAUCACCAAAUGUGGGCCCAUGCAUUUGCUGGAGGAAGCAUGUAUCUCGAAAACGGCUUUGGUUUUGAUGGGAACUACUACUUUGGCGCGCUGCCAGCCGUACGCACAUUCUUCACGGGAGGCCAUUUCGGAGUCUCCGUCUUCUUCGUAAUUUCUGGAUAUGUGCUUUCAACAAAACCUCUGUCCUUGAUCAACAAGGCAGAUUAUCUUGCACUUGGCGACAAUCUAGCAUCUGCCCUCUUCCGAAGAUGGCUGCGUCUAUACAUUCCACUGAUCAUCAUAACCUUUACCAUUGCAAUCUUCCCGCACGUCUUCGGCAUCGGCAUGACUUUCAAGCCCGAAGGAAAUCUCAAGGACGAAAUCUGGAAGUGGUAUUGCGACAUAAAGAACACCUGGUUUAUCUGGGAUACAGGCAACAGAGUCCUGCUUGACUACCACCAGCAUCUUUGGUCCAUCCCUGUGGAGUUUAAGGCCUCCAUUACUAUCUACACCGCACUCCUCGCUUUCUCGCGUUGUACCCGCACCGCUCGACUAUGGCUUGAAGUUGGGCUCUGGUACUACUUCAUGUACAUCGUUGAUGGCUCAUAUUUUGCCAUGUUCAUGGCUGGUAUGAUUAUUUGCGACCUUGAGAUGGGCGCCAAAGAGGGCUAUUUGCCAGGUUGGAUGAAGGCCCUUGCGCCUCUCGAAAAGCCGAUAUUCUAUAUAAUGUUCGCAUGGGCAAUCUGGUGGGGAGGUAUCCCAUCGAACUCCAUCGAGCUCAGCCACAUGCGCGCGACACCUGGCUGGUAUUACCUAUCCUUCUUGAAGCCUCAAGCAGUCUUUGACUACCGCUGGUUCUUCUUGCACUGGGCAUCAGCCUUCCUGGUGGCCUCUGUUCCUCACAUCAGCUGGCUCAAGCGCUUCUUCGAAUGCCGCUUUUGCCAGUACCUCGGACGUGUAUCCUACAUGUUCUACGCUCUCCACGGACCCAUUCUGUGGACAAUCGGAGACAGACUGUACGCUGCAGUCGGCUGGGUCAACGAGACACACAUUCUCAACAUGCCCAACUGGGCCAAUGCCUUCCCACUUCCGAGAUUCGGCAUUUUCGGUCUGGAAUUCAGCUACCUCGUUGUUUUUGCGUUCCUGCUCCCUCUAACGCUCUGGGUUGCAGAACUUGCGACGACUGUGCUCGACGACCAGAGCAUCAAGCUUACGCAGGUCCUAUACCAGAUGGCGCUGCCAGAAAAGCCGGCGAAGCUCCCAGCACCUGGUGAAAAGGUCCCGGGAAGCCCAAAGACUGAGGCUUAG